GUCCGCCCCUCCCCUUUUAUAUCAGCUGAGCCCGCAGGGCAGGGGGACGCGCAGGAACGGGACUGGAGCAGAGUUAUGUCUGAUUUCAUCAUGUCUUCUGAAGAAAAUGUUGCAAGCCAGACUUCCACCCAGAGUGAGGAGCCAGAGCAGCAUCAACAGAAUGUUGUGAGCAGGGUGGCCAACCUGCCCUUGGUCAGCUCCACCUAUGACAUGGUCUCCACAGCCUACACCUCCACCAAAGAGAAUCACCCCUACAUCAAAUCUGUCUGCGAUGUGGCGGAGAAAGGCGUGAAGACCAUCACCGCUGCGGCUGUCGGUGGCGCCCAGCCGAUCCUGACCAAACUGGAACCACAGAUUGCAACAGUGAACGAGUAUGCGUGCAGGGGGCUGGAUAAACUGGAGGAGAAGCUGCCAAUUCUUCAACAGCCAACUGAAAAGGUUGUGGCUGACACCAAGGAGCUGGUGUCUUCCACUGUGACUGGUGCUAGAGAUGCUGUCUCCAACACAGUCAAUGGAGCGAAGGAUGCUGUGACAGGGGUGGUGGACAUGGCCAAAGGAGCUGUCCAGGGAAGCAUGGAGAUGACCAGAUCAGUGGUGACCAGUAGCAUGAACACAGUCAUGGGGUCCAGAAUGGGCCAGAUGGUGGUGACUGGAGUGGAUGCCAUGCUGGGGAAAUCAGAAGAGCUGGUAGAUCAUUACCUCCCCAUGACAGAUCAAGAACUAGCUAAACUGGCUACAUCUGUGGAAGGCUUCGAAAUGGCAUCUGUGGAGCAGCAGAAGCAGCAGCAGAGUUACUUCGUGCGCCUGGGGUCCCUGUCCUCCAAGCUCCGCCACCGAGCCUACCAGCACUCCCUGGGCAAGCUGAGGCAUGCCCGGCAGAGCACCCAAGAGGCUCUGUCCCAGCUCCACCAAACAAUAGAACUGAUUGAAUACGUCAAGCAGGGUGUGGACCAGAAGCUUCAUGAUGGCCAGGAGAAACUACACCAGAUGUGGCUGGAGUGGAGCAGGAGGCAGUCGGAGGGAAAAGAGGACUCUGACACUGCACAGCCAGAGGUGGAAUCUCAGACACUGGUGAUGUUCCGUGGCAUCACCCAACAGCUGCAGACCACCUGCCUGAACCUAAUGACCAAUGUCCAAGGCCUCCCCACCAGCAUCCAGGACAAGGUGCAGCACCUCCGUCACAACGUCGAAGAGCUCCACACAGCCUUCUCCACUGCCCAUUCCUUCCAAGAUCUGUCCAGCACCGUCCUAACCCAGAGCCGGGAGAGGGUGGCCAAGGCCCGGGAGUCUAUGGAUGGGCUGCUGGACUACGUGGUGCAGAAUGCUCCCCUGCCUUGGCUUGUUGGACCUUUCGCUCCCAGGCUGGUAGAGCUCCCAGAAAUUCCAGCUGCUGGAAAGGAUGUGGAGGAGGAAGCUGCUGGUUGCACAGUCCAGCAAGGAGGAGAUGAGAAGAUGGACAGCACAGCUCAGCAGGCCUCCGUUCCAAAGGAGGACCCUUAGAAGGCUCCGUAUACCUGCAGUUGGCUUCUUGUGAGGGAAAACUUGUAUGCAAUUCACUUGUGUGGACACAAGGGGGCUUGUGUGUCACCUGCAUCUGGGGCAGGGUGGCAGGAUGUUAAUGUAGAUAAGCUGGCUGUGUGUGGAACUCCCUGUUGGCCUCACUUCUGAGAUUCUCUGCUCUCUUUCUUGUCAAUUGUUUUUGUGCCUUCUCAACUCUUCUGGGUGGCUCCUUCCACAGGUGAACUCAGGCCCAUGGUAGAAGCAUCACCUCAAAGCAAAGCCAGGGUGUCUCAAUGGGACCUCUGUAAAGUGCCCUUAACUAGAGCAGGGAGAGGACACCAACCUUCAUGGCAAUAGCACUGAACUCCAGCUGCUAAUGGACCUGUAAUAUUUCAGUUGUCAGACUCUUGAUUACAUUUGCAGUACUGGGGGGGG